AUGGAAAACAAAGCUCUUUGGCUCAAAGGUCCGGGCGAGGAUCCUUUCGUAGAUGCUGCCCCUUGUCCAGAACCUGGCGAGGAUGAGUUGCUUAUUGAGACGAAGGCUGUGGCCGUGCAACCUGGAGAGUGGAAGCUCCAGGCAGGCAUUAUCCCGAUCCCUCUGAGUUACCCAACCAUCAUCGGACUCUCAUCAUCUGGAAUUGUGGUAAAGGUUGGUCCUGGAGUCACUCGGUUUCAACCCGGUGACCGAGUUGCCAGCAAUAGCGCUGGAGUUCUGUUCAACGAUCACCGAUUUGGGGCAUAUCAAAAAUAUUCGCUGGUCCCACAGCAGCUGACAUCGAAGAUUGGCAACACCCCGUUCGAGGAUGCGGCUGCGAUAUCCACUGCGUAUGGGCCAAUAAGUGCUUUGUUCAUUCACCUGGGCCUGGAGCGGAAUUUUCAAAAACCUAGAAAUACGGUUCAGAGAGUGCUGAUCUGGGGGGUUUCGUCCUCCUUCGGUGCACUUUCAGCCCAGAUAGCUAAUUUGGCUGGUUACAUUGUCGUUGGUGUUGCCAAUGGACGCCAUGCAGAGCUAGCGAGUUCGAUUGGGGUCACCUCAUUUCUCGACAGAACCUCCCCGUCUGUUGUUGAACAAGCAGUCUCUUUGGGUCCAUUCCAGGCUGUUCUCGCCGCUGCAGAUUCAGCAGAGGAUCAAAUGAAGAUCGGCAGGGUUUUGUCAGCGCAAGGUGGGGGAAGCUUCUUGUCCACGAUGGGUGUACGCCCUGGCGUUGAAUUGCCUGAAGGGGUAACGGGGUUCUUCCAUCAGUUCCUUGACGACUACCUGAACCCUGCUCAUCAUGAGUUCACCGAAUGGGCUUGGUGGACCUUCUUGGAAUCUGUGUUUGCUCAUGGAAGCUUGAAAUCAGUCCCUUUGGAAAUAAAAGGAGGGUUAUCCGCUGUCCCAAAAGCUUGGGAUUUGCUACGACAUAAUGCCGUUAGUGGAAAAAGACUGAUCAUUCUACCCCAGUUGGAUUAG